UCUUCCUGCCUGGACUGGUGUCUGUGCGCUACAACAACUCAGCUGGUGUCUGCUAGCUCGUCCCUGCGAGCGGCCAUGUUGGUUUUCUCGUUCUCAGUUGCUGUACACACACACACGCAGAACGCACGUCAUUAACGACUAGCGAGUGAUGGUGGUGGCGGUGGUGGUGGUCGUCCUCCUCCUCAGGUGCGCCUCCAGACAGCAGCAGUGAGCGAGAGACACUCUCAGUGUGUGUGUGUAUGUGUACAUGUGAGUGUUGUGUGUGUGAAAGUAGAAAGAAGUAGUGACAAUCAUAGAGACAUAGAGCGAAAAGAAAAUGGGACACACUACACAACAGCAAAAGAAUCUACACAGUCAAGUUGAAAAUACACGACAACCUUAAUUGCAAGGGAAUCAACAAUUAGACACAGACGAGAAAGAGAGUGAAAAAAAGAGACAAGUGAAGCCUGUCUCACUUUUGCCGGGUCGUCGAGCUCGGCACAGAAACCCUUCAUUCGAAAUCGAUUGGUCUCGUUGUCGUCGUUCAACAAACGUUCUGCACACACACACACACACGCUAAUACAGUGCCCACCAGUGCAGUUCAGUUUGCCCCGGAAUCGUGUAAAGUUCACUCUGUUUGUUCGUUGACUAAUCUGGUUGGAUUUCGCAAGUGUAGUUUUAUGUCCAUGUGUCGUCUAAGGGAAAAACCCUGAGAGCAAGAAGCGAGACAGUUGGCCUCGGGCGAGAUUCGCCAUUUUGGUCCCUUGAUCUAUACACCAUCUAUCCAUUAGAGCCACCACGAAGAUAAUGAUUCUCGAAUGAGGCCGUCACACAGCGAUCACAACCGACAUCUCUAUUGAUCCCAUCAUCAUCAUUGUCUUCUUGCAGCAGUGUGUGCUCAAUCGAUAAUCUUUUACAACUAAACAAAACAAAAGAAAAAAACGUUUUGUUUGUUUGUUCCCUGAUUUGCUGUUCGACGAGAUUGAGUGUCUCUUGUUUAUCUUAUUAUUUUAAUUUGUCGAGUCGGCGUCUAGAAAGUGGCAACACCGUUUUUGAGGUCGUCGUGAGCGUCGCUAGCUCCUCCGCCACUGCAGUGGUUGUAGUGUAUUUUUGUGCCCGUUGUGCUAGUGACGUGCUGGCUCCUGCAAUCCCUGUGAUGCAGCAUCGUCAGGAUUGCUCUCGCAGACAAAAGACGGGCCUCGAUUCAACUUCGAGGCUUUCAUGGCUGCCUUGGGUGGAAGCUCGUUGUUGAGUGCUGCCGGUGUCGUUGGUGCUUCUGCCAGUUCUUCAUCAUCUUCGUCUGUGGCCGUGCAUCCUUCGACGAUUAGCGCAUCAGUGUCUGCCGCCUUGUCGUCGUCACCUGCUGCCGCCCCCCUCAGCCGAGCCCAAGUGGUCGCUUCGCCCAUGCCCGAUCUCUCCCACUUGACCGAGGACGAACGGAGGAUUAUCGAAUCUGUUCUCAUGCGACAACGUCGCGAAGAGGAACAAGAAACUGAAAUUGUCAGACGACAAGCGGACGAAGUGCUCCUGCUGGAGACGGCCAUACGACAGCGAAGUGAACAACAGCGGAAGGCCGGCGCCGAGUUGGACGCUACCUGCCAGCUCUGCCUCAAGACCAAGUUCGCCGACGGAUUGGGACACGCCUGCCAUUACUGCAACGUCCGUUGCUGCGCCCGCUGCGGAGGCAAAGUCGCUCUCCGAUCCUCAAAGGUGAUAUGGGUGUGCAUCUUGUGCCGGAAGAAACAGGAGCUAGUGGUUAAAACGGGUAAAUGGAUACUACCUAGCGUGCCGGGAUCGAUGCAACAACAGCAACAACAACAACAACAACAACAACAGUCUGGUUUCGGUAGUGUUGGCGGUGGUGUGUCGAUCAACGACAAACGGCCACGACUCGAGAGGGCCGUCAGUUACGACAGGGAAAGUAGUAACGUUGGUGUCAGUGCUGGAUUUGGACACCAUCACAGGACUUCUUCCACUUCGUCUGUCGAUCCAUCUCCCGUUCUGCGAAGUGGUUCCAGUCUGGCUGGAGGGCAACCAUCCAGUGCCCUGUACCAGAAUCCACAGCAACAACAACAACAGCUGCAAACGCAACGAGGCCAACUUCAACGUUCCGGUAGUUUACAGAGUCAUGGAACGAGUUCUUGGAGGAACAACGUUCCCCCUCACCAAUUACCCUCCGAUCUUAUGGACAAUUCUCCCGCUAGAGGAGGCGGUGGACCGGUAGGCAGCGGAGGCGUAGCGGAGUACGGAAAUUUGCCACAGCAGCAGCAGCAACUGAUUUAUCCUUCUUCCGGAAGAGGUAGCAGCGUCCCUCUGACGGCCGGUAUGGGCAGUAGUUCUGGCCAGCAACAGCAGCAGUUCCGACGCGGAGCCAGUAGUAGCUCGUGGUCGGACUACCAUGGUGACAAUUUUGACAAACCCAAUCCGCAACAGCAACAGCAGUUUGUUCAGCAACAACAAUUGAAUUCAGUUCAUCCGCGCUCCAAUCAGUCAUUAGUGAAAGUGCGCAGCAGUAGCUACGAUCACGGUGACUACUACCAGGACGAUUACGGUCGUGGCCAACGCAGCGACGCUGGCCAACGGCUAGGCGGAGGUGUUUCAUCCGUCGAACGGAGCCUUCCGGUUCGUCCGCAACAGCAGCAACACUUGCGCCAGCAGCGACAUCCGACCCAUCAGCAUCACAGCCACCACCAUCAUCAUCACCACCGACAGCAUCAAUCGUCUUCCGAAGAGGAGCUUCGCUCCACGUCCGAGUGCACCAGCUGCGAGGAUGUCGAAGUCGAGAGCGAAUCCGUCAGCGAAAAAGAGAGGUCCCUGAGACCGCGGCCGUACGACACCGUCGCAACGAUGAUCAGCCGGAGUAGCAGCACGAGCGCAGCGCCGGACGCAGACGAAAGAGGAUACAUGAGAAAUAGUGGAAGGGACCAAUACAGCAUGUACCGAGGCGGAGGAGGAGGAGGAAGUGUUGGCAGACUAGGAGUAGGCGGAGGAGGAACAAGGGCGGCCGAAGUGGCGGCGGCAGCGGCGGAUUGUUCGGCUCAGCGGAGGAAUUUCUUCCAGCAACGGGGACAAGAGAGACGCCUACCGGACGCCCCUUCCGACGGCGUUAUCCGGAGUGCCUCGUUACAACAUCACCCGUCGAUGUCGUCAUCGUCUUCGAUGAUGGCCGUGUCGGCCGCUGGAACGGCCACAUUGUCAUCGUCGACAUCGGCCAUUGGGACCAACCACAUCCACAGCCAGCGCCAGUACCACAGUUUGAACCGGAGUAUGAGUAGCAGUAGUGGCGGUUGCCUGGCCACCUUGCCGACCUCCUCUUCCAAAUCGAACUUGGCCGCCAGCAACAACAACAACAACACGAUCCGCCAACUGAAGAAAACUGUGCGUUUUGAUGCUGACGAUGAGCCAGCCGCUGCCACCACCCCUGCUGCGACUGCAAGUAGCAGUGCAGCUCUUCCGUCCAGGACGCUCAAGGCCAACGGCCUGAUGAGAUCCGAAUCGUCGCUGCUGGCCAGCACGGCCGACGCCAGCUGGAAAGGCGACAACAAAACGUGGGAUUGGCUCAUGAAAGGUCACAACACGAACAGCGCUGACCAUCGGCAUCGGCAUCACCAUCAAGACUCUAGAGAAUCCGCUGGUCGCGAUUCUGGCGUCGAGACGCUAACGUCGGGCGAAGAUGUCGUCGUCGUUUCUCCCCGCACCAGCAGCACCAAAUAUCCGACGUAUGACCAACACAGACCCAAGCAUCAGCACCAACUGCAAAAGCAACAGCAUCCGCCGGCGCCGCAACAGCAGCAUCCAGUCACGUGGCAGCCGAACAGCGACGGCACCAAAAUGAUUGGCCGCAUGAUACUGAUGAAAAACAUGGCCGGCAUAGGAGUGGGUGGAGGCGGCAGCGGAGGCGGCGGAGGCCCGUCAGGCGUUUCGGGCAUCGGCAGUUCGGGCAAUCCUUCAUCGGCGUCCAUCCUUGGCCUCAAGGUCGUCGGCGGCAAACGGGUCGACAGCGGCCGACUGGCCGCCAUCGUCGAGAAGGUCAAGCGGGGCAGCGUUGCCGACACGAUCGGCCACUUGCGGCCCGGUGACGAGGUGCUGGAAUGGAACGGCUAUCCGCUGCAAGGACGGACGUUUGAGGAAGUGUAUGACAUCAUUUGCGAGUCGCGUUCCGAUCACGAAGUGGAGAUCAUCGUCAGCCGACCCAUCAGUGACGUUGGCCGCCCCAGUUCAAUGGGAGCACAGUCAGGCGGGUCUGCCGGACCGGGUGGCCAUCUCGGUCACCAUCACACCGGCUACGGUUCGGCUUCCGGCUCGAUAGUGGGUGUCGGAGGCGGUGGGGCCGGCAGUACACGCAGCGGCGGCAGUAAGGUCAGUAGCAGCCAAAGGGAUCGGCCGGCCGUCACCGUCACGUCGCCCGCCUCUCCGGACACUCUCCACCCGUCCUGGGGCAAAGUUCAGGUGAAAUUGUGGUACGACGCAUCGACCCAGCAACUGUCGGCCACGAUCGUUGGCGGUUUCGACCUUCCGCCUCGGCCCAACGGCGCCCUGCGCAAUCCUUACGCCAAACUCUUCCUACUGCCUGAUAAAAGUGAAAAGUCGAAGCGUCGCACGAGGGCCUUAGCGUCGACGCUUGAACCGCGCUGGAACCAGACCUUCCUCUACUCGCAUCUGCGCCGCUCCGAGCUGCGCUCGCGCUUCCUGGAGAUCACAGUCUGGGAUAGCGAUCGAUUAGACACUGGACGCCUUAUUGGAGAAGUGGUGAUUGAUCUUGGCGCUGCACCGCUGGACGGUGAAGCAGACUGGUACACGCUGACUUCGCACGAAGAAUCCGUUCAAAUUCUCAGGCGGGCGGGAUUGCAGAUGUCCGAGUCGGCCACGUCGCCUGUAGGCUCUGUGGACCAUUUGUCGCCGCCUUCGACCUCGUCGCGUCUCUCCGACUCGGAGCCCGACCCGUCGGAUCCGGGCGACGGGGAGGAAGGCGGUGGCGGUGGAGGCGGUGGCAGCGGCGGAAUGGGUGGCGGCCCACUUCUGCCUCCUUCACGUCACACCAGAGGAGCUCUUGAGCGCAGUGUCCGCAGUGACGGAGCCUCAGUCAGCAGCAUGGGCAGCAGUUCCAGUCCGCCUUUGGACAGUGACUACGCGGAACAGCGUCGGAGUCGGACCAGAACGGGCACCAUCGUGGCCUCCGAUGACAAAUACCUUCGAGGUGGAGGACCCAUUCUCGAUCGGUCUCGACCUCGGUCUCAUUCGGCAGCUCCGGAUGAGAUCGGUCACGAUCGUGGCCGGCUCGAAAGGACUCCAAGCCAACGGGGCAGUAUCUUCCACGACCGAGCCAAGAGUCCACGCCGAGUCUCCGAACCGGGCCGUCGAAGUUUAUCGCCGUCUGAAGAACGGUUGCCGGAUGGGUCCGGUCGUGGUGGAAUGUACGGCGGCUCCGGCAUGCCAAGAAUGACCUCACGUUCGGCGACGGCUACCCCAACAGGAUCCCCGAAACGGCGGCAUCUACCGCAAAUCCCGUCAGCCCUCCAACAAACCUCUUUCGCCAGGGUCAGACAGGAUGUGGAAGAAAGGGCGCGAAUGCUCAAAUUGCGAAUGGGUCAAAUUCCCAACUCUGCCUACUCCGUCGGCGGAGGUGGCGCAAGUGGUGGGGUCCGAUCAUGGAGGAUGUACAGUGGCCACAGUGAUAACGACUUGCCACCGCAACGUCACAGCGUCACAAGAGGUUCGUCGUCGGGCGGUCAUUAUUCCAGCAAAGGAAGCGGAAUGAGCCGGACCAGCCGGUCUCUGUCGGGAGCCGGACCUGAUGGUGGCAAGGUUCUCCUGUCACCGGACCGCGAGAGCAGAGAGAGGCCUGGACCUGAACGCGGUGGCGGCGGAAGUGGCAGCGGCGGUGCGGGAGGCGGCGACAGUGACGUCGAGAGCCUGGUCAGUUUCGUGAGUGGCACCAGUGCCUUAUCCACCCAGUCUGAACGACCAUCUGCAUACGUCAAACGUGUCGGAGAGCGCCGAGAGGAGAUGCUGACGGGCGAGCUGAGGGAUCGUGGAGGCCAGGAAGUCGGGCCAGCCAACAGCGACGGCGGUCGCAGCGGGAGCAGCUUCCGACGGAACCAAUUAGGCCGCUCCCUAUCGCAAAGUGACGUUCCGGUCACGGAAAAAAACGACGGUAGCCUAAGUGACACGGCCUUGAAUAGCAGCUUACUGGACUGCCAAUUGCCCGAUCGUACGUCGUCGUCUUGGCGACGAGGUGCUUCCUCAUCGGCCUCCUCUUCCGGUGGGCUGGCGCACAGCAGCAGUGCGUCGCAACCGCAGCAACUCUACGCCAACAAAUCGGAAAAAGGCGGCCUUUCGAAAAAGAGCAACUCCACGUCUCAAUUGUCAGCCACAGGUCGGAAGCGCAAAAUGGGCUUCGGUCGGAAGGACAAAAACGCCUUCAGCGUCCACCGGUCGGAAGAGGUGAUGCCCAGCACUCUGCGUCACCUGGUGAGGCAGAGCAGCAGUUUGAGCAGCAACGAGGGCUUGGGCGAUGGCGAAGCGGGUGAAAUGAUGAUGAGAGGGACCGAACGAAGUAGCAGCAACAGCAAAACAGGAGGCAAAGGAGGUGGAAGCUCCUCCAGUAAUAAAGGAGGAGGUUCAUCCAACUCCAACAGCAGGAAAACGUCGCCAAGCCCUCGACGAGGGCUCAUGUCGGGCGCACCCUCCGUCGAGUCUGACGGCGACGGCUCACGUGAUAAAGACGGAUGGGUGGGCUUAGCUCGGCUAACGGCCGAAACGGCUGGAAGCGGACCACUGGCCGAUUUCGUCGAAGGUUUAGGUCCCGGCCAGCUAGUUGGCCGGCAAGUUUUGGCCGCACCGGCCUUAGGUGAUGUCCAACUCGCAUUAUGUGAUCGCAAAGGGCGGCUGGAAGUCGAAGUCAUCCGGGCGCGCGGUCUACAAGCCCGCACUGGGUCCAAACUGCUACCAGCUCCAUAUGUGAAAGUGUACCUGGUGAGCGGUAAACGUUGUCUAGCUAAAGCUAAAACAGCCACGGCUCGACGGACACUGGAUCCGCUUUACCAACAGCAGCUUUCAUUUAGUAUUCUUUAUCAAGGAUGUGUUCUACAGGUGACGGUGUGGGGUGAUUACGGACGGAUCGAGGGCCGUAAGGUGUUCAUGGGCGUGGCUCAGAUAUUGCUGGACGAUUUGGACUUGUCCAACAUUGUCAUCGGCUGGUACAAACUCUUCGGGACGGCGUCUUUAGUUAGUCUGCCGCCACCUUCAUCACAGCCACAGCAGCAACAACAGCAACCUCAGCAAUCGCAACAACAACAGCAACAGCAGCAGCAGCAACAACAGCAGCAGCACUUGCCGCGGCGAAGUUCACAACACAGCCUCGAUUCCGUCGGUUGAAAUUGUUGUGUCAUUUCAGAGAAAUGAAAGAACAAAGUCCCUGCCGAGCCACUCAGCCACAUCCACCAUCACCACACGUGUCCAUCACACAUCCACAGCAACACCUUAAACCUUGGCGUGUUCAAAUGAUUGUCGUUUCUUCCUUCCUCAUCAUCCCGCGAUUCGAUAGUUGUUGCUUUCCUUCCUCGUCCUAUUCUCUCUUUCUCCUGUCGCCUCCCCACACAACUGUCGAUUUCGUUUAUUGAAGCAGCUCUCCUUCUUAUUCAAUUAGUCAAAGAAAAGAAAAAAGGAAAUUACUAACUAAUCACGCCUUACAGGUGGCGAAGCUGUCCAAGUCCGAUUAAAGUUCUCUUUCAUUUUGUCCGCUCCCUUCUCGCUAAAAGUCUCUUAUUCUCGACUUUCGUUAGCCCCAAUUGGGAGAAAGAAAUUCAAAGAGAGUGAAUACGAAGAAGAAAGGAAAGAAAAGAAAAAGCAAACAUCGAACACCUCGUUCGAUCCAGCAUAUUUGUGCAGUGGCAUCAGGACAAAUGGAUUUAAAAAAGAAAAUAUUGAAGAUCAUUCCUAAUCUGUGUUAUUGAUUGUGUUGUUCCAUCUCGUUUGACAAAGCAAGUAUACUAUAAAAUUAAUCAACAAUAUCUCUCUCUAAAUACCCUCCCCUCUCUAAAAACAUAAAUGAAAACAAAAAAUCACAGAAAAAAAAUAUCCCCUUUAUUUCUGUCCCCAACAUCCUCCAUGUCCUUUUUUUUUUCAAAAACUGUCGGUUGCGUGUCAAAUGCAUAUCUCCCGGUCCUGUGUGCGAAGACGAUUGAGCUCAACGCAGAACGGUUCAUCCCCAUUUUUCGAUUCUGCGGCAUUAUUCCGGAACGAGUCCCAUAAUCUGUUCUCUGUUUUUUUCUUUGUUUUUUUCUUUGUUUUUUGCGAUGGGACUCUCUUGCGUUUCCUACGUGCCGAUUCAUUGUCGGUUCAUCGGUCUACGCUGAUUUGUUAUUUUCUCUCUUGUUUUUUCUUUUCCAAUUUGAUUUCUUCUUCGUGCUCGAAUCUUUCAUCAUCCAAUUUUCAUAUUUCUCUCUUGUUCUUCUAUCUUCUUCAUCCAGCCUCCACCAUCCUCCUCCUGCCCCUCCUUUCAUCCUUCGGCUCCUUAUAUUAAAUAUAAUAAGACUUCAAAGAUUUUAAACAAAAUUAAUAAUAAUUAACGGUCGUUGGCUGUUUGAACCAACUGAUUUAUUGCCCUUGCUUUAUUUGCAAUGCGGUUGUGAUUUCUCAUGUUGUAGUGGACAUUACAGAGCAUCAAGGUAAAA